GACAAACAUGUACACCAUAAACAUAAUAACGGGCAUCUUACCUGAGUGAGAGCAUCUCCGGUCUUCUCUGAAUUUCAUUGGUUGAAAUAUGCAGGCUCCUGAUUUGUCAAAGAGCACACCGUUCAUUUUACAGCACGUGUCGAGGCCGAGCGAUACACGGACAACAUGGCGGGAGCAAAGAUAAUUUAUUCGGACUUCAAGAUGUGCUUGACGUUAGUGCAUGGACGUGUCCCAGAGCUGCAUCGUUAGAUUGGAUUCAUGUUCUUUGGAGAAUAAUGGAGAGGACAAAAGAGGAAUCAAAGCUCCCUGCUCCUUGCGUAUUGUGGCCUGUGGAGCUGAAGUUGACUCACAUUGACUGCAGGCCUGAAAACAAACUGGUACACUUUCAGGGCCAAUACAUGACAAUCUGUGAACUGGACUACAAUAUUCUUCAAGUUGAAAUUCAAAAUGCGGUGAAAUCGAAAGUUUCUGUUCAAGUUGGAGAUGUUUGUCUGGUAGAAGACUCCGGGUCUGGUCGCUGGUACAGAGGAAGAGUCCAGAACAUUGAGAAAGAUAAGUUCCACAUAUUUUUGCUGGACCAUGGAGACAUGAUGAUUGUUGGACCCAACUGUUUGUCCUCAAUAUCCGACACACUGCUAAUGCUUCCACCUAAGAUUGUCUGUGGUUUUUUUGCCAAUAUUCUGCCAAUCCAGAGCCAAUGGGACAGUCUGACAAACAGUUAUUUCUCUUCAUUAAAAGGCAGCCGGAUCAAAGGAUACAUUCACGCUCGUCUACCAUACCAUAUCCUCAUACUUGAGGUUCCGGAAAUCAAUAGUGACAUGAUAAAAAAGAGGCUAGGGAGACAUGUGGACACCAGUACAUUUUUGCUACUGGUUGAGAUGCUUAUUGAUGAACCAAUUCCACAAAGCAAUGAAUCUGUCCCCGACCUCUUGAUAGAAAAGCAAAUAGGGCAAGAAUAUUGCCUCAAGUCCUCAAGCCUACUGGGCUUUGAAGAAAUUCUGUCACUUAAUGGCCCAAAGUUGAAAGUUGGUCAGGAAGUAGAAGUUGUGGUAGCUGCAGCUGUGAAUCCUGGAUUAUUCUAUUGUCGACUCUCAUCCAUGGGCAAGGACCUGCAAGAAAUGUCAGACAAAUUGGCACUAGCAUGUGAAUCAGGCAGUGGUUGCCUGACCAAUGACCUAGAUGAAAACCUUGGUUUGCUCUGUGCAGUAAAAGGGAAAGAUGAAAAAUGGCACAGGGGUUUUGUUGAAUGCCUCCCCCUUAACUCUCAGGUCAAAGUUGUGUUUGUUGACAGUGGCUAUUGUGAAUCUGUGAAAGUUGAAAACAUCCUUCAGCUACCGUCAGAAUUUCUCUCAAGGCCGAUCAUGGCAUUCCCAUGUUCUCUUUCAUGCUUGGAAAAACAAGAUGAGGACAUCAAAAAUCAACAAGUAGAUGCUCUCAAGACUGGGUUGCUAGGGAAAGUUUUGGAGAUAGAAAUCGAUGACUUUCGCAAAGAUCAGAACCUCUACUUGGUCACGAUGAACAUUGCUCAGAAGCACUCAGAGAAGCAAGCUGGAGUUAAACCACAUGAAAGUGACAAUUUAAGGAGCAAUUCCAACUUUCCUUAUGAUGUCCUUUCAAAUGUGUCUGCUGGAGAGACAAAAGUGGCCCAAACUUCAGAUUCAAAUCCUAAUAGAGCAAUACCUGAUGAUUCUUUUUUUGAGGGAUAUGUGGUACAUGUACAGAGUCCAAAACAUUUCUGGAUAAGAACCAAAGAACACAAUCCUAAUUUUGAAAACAUGACAAAGGAAAUGGCUGAUUACUUCAGCAAGUUACAGUUGCACGAGGAGGUUUUUGAAGACCUAGUGCCAGGUGCACUUUGUUGUGCAAUGUACGAAAAUGACAUGCAAUACUACAGAGCACUUGUAGUAGAUACUUUGGAUAAAGGAGCAGAGGUGUUUUUCAUUGACUUCGGGAACACUGAAAAAGUGCCAGGCAUUUUAAUUAAAAAGCUCCCAAAGAAGUUUGCCAUUCAUCCAGAAUUUGCAAUGGAAUGUGCAUUAGCCCAUGUAGCUCCACAUGAGGACAUCUGGACAACCACAGCAUCCAAUUACUUCAGGGAAGUCACAUCAGACAAAACCUUGAUGAUUCAUGUCGUUCAUAGAAAAAAUAGAAAGUAUGUUGUUGAUCUGUUUGAGAGAGAUGCUGAAAAUUGCAGCAUCGCAACCAUCAUGACAACAGCUAAAAUGGCCCUGGACUGGAGAUACAACCCAGCGUUAGCAUCUGUUGAAAUUGAGAGGCCAUGUAAAUACAAGGGAAAUGCUCUGAGCAAGAAAAAAAAUAAAAAGGACCUUCGUGUGGUGACCUUUCACAAAGUCACAUCUUCUAUGUCCAGUCCAAAUCAAAUUGAACAUGAAUGGGAACCACAGAAUUACCUUGAAAAACAUACUCCCAGUGAGACAUUGAAACCGGAAGUUGUUCCUGCUAAGACUUUAAAACCAAUGCAUUUCAAACCUGGUUCUGAAGUAAGUGUCAUUUGCUCACAUGUAAAUACUCCAUCUGAUUUUUGGUGCCAAAAUGUGAGUACAAAACUUGACCUGGACAAACUUAUGGAAGAGAUGCAGUUGUUUUACCAAACAUAUACAUCUGGUCUUCUGAUGCCUGCAUUAUGUUGUGCUGUUAAGUCUCCACAUGAUAACCAGUGGCACAGAGCAUGCAUGAUAGGACAACACAAUGAGCAACUGCUUAUGAUCCUAGUUGAUGUUGGCCUAAUUAUUCAGGAAAAGUUGCAAAACAUCCAAACUCUUCAGCCACAGUUCCUUGAACUUCCUACACAAGCAUUUAGAUGCAGAUUGAACUUCAUUGAACCCAUUGGAGGGAGUUCUUGGAGUUCAGAAGCAUGCAAUUUGCUCAGGGAUUUUCUGUUCAAAUGUACAUCCAGCAAAUGCAGGAUUUAUUCCCAGGUUUAUGAAAAAGGAAAAGGUCUACUUAACAUUGUCAGCAUUCAUACACCUCUUCAACAGGCCUCUACAUACCUUGUAGAGAAAGGUGUUGCAGCAGAAGUACAAGCUCCAGACAAGCAUACAAUUUCAUCGGCUCACCCUUGGUCAUUCGUUUACUCCUCUUUCAACAUAAGUUGUGGAAGUGAAGAACUGGUGCAUGUUACUUAUGUCUGUAGCCCUUGGGAAAUCUAUUUCCAGCUCGAUAGAAAUACAGAGAUCCUUAAUAGACUGACAGAGAGAGUUGCAGAGGAAAGUCAGCUCUUCACUUCAAUUUCUGACAACUGCAGCAGUAAAGUUUGCUUGGCCAAAUAUUUCUGUGACGGCAGUUGGUACAGGGCUCUGGUACACCCUGUUCAAUCUAAUCAGCAUGUGAGUGUUGUCUUUGUUGAUUAUGGCAAUAAGGAGAUUGCAGAGAAAACAAAUGUCAUGGCAAUUCCGACAACAGCAGUUGACGUAUUGCUAACACCAAUGCAGGCUCUGAGAUGCAGUCUUUUGAAUCUUCCAGAGGGGGAACAUUUGCCGGAAGUCAACAAGUGGCUUGAGACUGAAAUCCUCAACAAGUCUUUCAAGGCCAAGUUUGUGUCAAGCGACACCAAUGGACAUUUUGUUUGUGAUCUUUAUGAUGGCAAUUUGCAUAUCAAUGAAAAAGUCAAAGAGCUCAUGGCUGCUCAUGGUGUGGCACAAAGUGACCUAGCUGUCAACAAACUUGAGUUAGAUUUCCCCAAAGAAGAAGCGCAUGCCAGCUUACCGAACUGUAAACGUAACCACAAAGCAACCAGACGCAGUAAAGCCAAACAAAAUGGAAAGCAAACUCCAAGAUCCACAAACCAUUCCAAGAAGCAACUCAAGGAACCUGUUGAAAUGGAAGACCAGAAUGCUCCCUGUCCACUUAAAGUAGUGCCAUCUCAUCAGAGCUUGCCAAAACUUUGUGAUCUUCCUGCUGUCACAAUGAAACCAGGUUCUAGAGGUGUGGGCUUUGUCUCUCAUAGCAUUUCUGCUGGAAGAUUUUUUAUCCAGAUGGAAGAUGAUGAACCGAAAUUACUACAGAUGAUUGAGGAACUAAAUGGUACUAACUUCAAGGAUAAAAGAAGAAAUGUGGAAACCGAAAUAAAAGUAGGGGACCUUGUUGCAGCAGAGUAUGAAGAAGACUUGGCUUUGUACAGAGCUGUCGUCACCAACGUGUUAAACUCUGACCUACUAGCUGUUGAGUUCAUUGAUUAUGGCAAUACUGCAACUGUCGACAGGAAGAAUGUUCACAUGCUAACCAAUACGUUUUUGUCUCAGCCCAGAUUGAGCAUGCCCUGCACACUUGCAAAACCGCACCCAUUUGAAAAUGAUGACUCCUUUACGGAGAAAGCAGUUGGUAAACCCUUAUUAGUUGAAUUCAUUCAAAGUCUGGAAGGUUCAUGGAAAGUGAACAUCGAGUUUGACGACGACCACUUGCAAGGGGACUUGAAGUAUGAUGCUGAUCAUAGUAAAGAUGUAGAUUUGGCAAGUCAAGAUAAAUUACCAAAAGAUUCCCAGACGCAAAGCCAAUCUGAUCAAUACAACCAAAGUAUUAAAGAAGUUCAAAGCUUCCAGCAAAAGGAGCAGUUCAGACAUCAACUUGCAAACAAUCAGACUGUUAGAACCUUCCAGCAAAAGACAACAUCAAAUACACAAAGCAUUUGUGAAUUCAGAACCAAACCAACGGAAGUUAGAACCAUCCAGCAAAAGACCAAGUCAAACACACAACAACGUAAAUGUGAAUUGACGUUCGCAACUAAGCAAAUAAAGAAAGCAGCCAUAUAUGUACAAACAAGUGUCAAAACAAGGGACAUUUGGAGAAGAAAGUACAAGAAACAAAAUUUCAAGCCAAAAGUUGUGGUUAACGCAGAACCACAAUGUGAGACCAGUAUUCCAGUGGCUAAAAUUUCAGAAGGACUACAAGAAAAUGUCCAACAAGAAAAUAAAAACUCUGAGUCACUUGCUUGCGUUGCUCUGCAUGAUGUGAAAGACAGUGAGCCAGUAAAAAUUUAUGAGGAUUUGUCUGUCGUGACUGAUCAUCCUCCCUCCCCAAAGACUUCUUUAAGGACCAAUUUGGAUCCACCACAGACCCUCUUCCAGGCCCCUGUGAAAAUGAACUUCGAAUAUGAAGGAUUUGCAGCAGCGGUCACAACCCCAUCUGAAUUUUAUAUCAUUCUAGAGGAUCUGCUUUUGAUAGCAGAUACAGUCUCAUCCAUUCUUGAGAACCUUCCUGAAGUGUUGGAACCAUUACCUGAAGUUCAUUUUGUUCCUGGUACGAGCUGUUUGGUGAAAUUGGUGGAGAAUCAAAAAUGGUGCAGGGCAGAGAUUGUGCAAUGCGAUUCAACUUCAGUGCUUAUAAACUUGGUUGACUGUGGACUGUAUUCUGUUCUGUCUCGGCUAGAUGCCUCCCAGCUAAGAAAACUUCCUGAGGAGCUCGGUAGAUUGCCUAAAGUCACCUACCAUUGUUUACUAAGGGGAGUUAAACCCAAUGCUCCAGACUGGUCUGAUGAUGCCAUCCUGUUUUUUCAAAACUCCAUGUGUCACAAGAACCUUAAGAUACGCUUCAGACAACAUGUUUCUGAGACACAAUGGGAGGUUGACAUUAUCACCGGGAGUCAAAAUCUUGCAAAGGAGUUAGUAGAUUCUGAUCAUGCAAUGUAUAUUGAUAAGAUGCUUGGAAUCAGGUUUCAGCAAGACCAAGGACUCAAUCAAGAGCCUAAUCAACAAGCCAUCUCCAGCACUGUGAAUGAUUUAUCAAUAAUAACUGAGCACACAAGCGAAGCCAAGAAGCAGGUCACGUUGAGCGCAAAAAAGCCAUCUGAAGAAUCUGUUGGAGAAAAAGACACUUCAGACCAUUUGAACAGCGGUGGGGAUGAUCUUGGACAAGUGGACAGGGAAACUCUUGGUCUACCAUCAGGUAUCAAACAAUGUAUGCUGAUGUGAGAAGACUUGUGGUUUAUCUGAGAAGCCGGCGAGUUACGCUCUGCAUUGCAUUCAAAGGAAAGUCAAGCUUUGCAAUGGCUGGAUUUAAUUGUUUAUUUUUUGGUUUAACCUCUGAAUAGUGUUGUUCUCUAAAAGAUGUUCUGUAGGAAUGGAGAAUUAUGCUUCAUACAGUAGGGAAUAAAUUGUGAUGUUCAAACAGUAAGAUCUAAAACAAUAGUACAGUUUUAACAAUGCAACGCUAUAUCACAUUAUUUUUCAUAAGAGUUUUAGAACUAACAUGUCAAUUUUGGUCUUAUGCAUCUCUUAAUGAACAUGUGAUUGAUGAAAUAUAGCGGAGCUUAAAAGUUGCCACAAUGGCUUUACAAUCUGAAAAGCAGAUUUUAUUUGGUAAAAAGAAUUGUCAUACGACCCUGAGUUCGAUUAUGCUCUUUAACACACAUUUUUAGAAAUCGAUUUUGCUUGUUUAUUUUCAUUUCUCUUAUGUGAAAAUUGUGGUUUUCAGUUCUGUUGGGAUGCAAAAUAAAAAUACAAUGUUUUGAAAUGGU